UGUGAAUAUUAAAACAGAAGAUUUUAUUUUGAUAUCCUGUUAAAAUUAUUUAUUCAUUAGCUUCUGUUGUCAAGGGAUCAGAAUUAUGAAUUAAAAUUUUUGAAUACUUCGACAUAUUCACAAUUAAUUUAUUGACAAUUAUCUGAUUUUAUUUGAAUUCUAUGAAAUAGAAAAUUCUAUCAGUUACUUCAGUUAAUUUUUUUAUUACACGAGUCAUAAUAUAUGAAUUUGAAAAAAUAAAAUUGUAAUCAACUGGCAAUUAUUCUGUGCACGUUUUAUUUAUUACAUUUGAAGUGAUGGAUCCCAAUUUAAAACACAAUAAUUUAAUGCAGUCAAAUAAACCAACAAAAUCCAAUCAAUUAAAAGAAAAUUUAUGUGUCAAUGAUGCGAAGUCUGACAACGCAGUUUUCGGUUUUAAAAACUCAAAGACUAAAAGUGAGUCUCAAGUACUAUCAGAAAAAAAAACUGUCAACUCUCAGUACUGCCGAGAACCGAAUUCUGAAGCUAAACCAGUCAAUGGAAACGAUGUAAAUACAAAACACAAUGAUAAGUCACGUCCGUUAAUUAAGCAAUCAAAUCAAACAAAAAAAUGGACCCUGACUGAUUUCGAAAUUGGAAAACCUUUGGGUAAAGGAAAAUUUGGAAAUGUUUAUUUAGCUAGAGAAAAACGAACAAAGUUUAUUAUCGCAAUGAAAGUACUUUUUAUUAAUCAAAUAGAAGAAGGCAAAAUUGAACAUCAAGUACGCAGGGAAAUCGAAAUUCAAACACAUUUACGACAUCCUAAUAUUUUACGUAUGUAUGGUUACUUUUACGAUGAUAGAAGAGUCUAUUUUAUUUUGGAAUUCGCACCUAAUGGCGAGCUGUACAAGGCUUUGAAAGCAGCACCUGAUGGACGAUUCGAUGAGAAAAGAACUGCUCCAUACAUACGUCAGCUAGCAGAUGCCAUGAAAUAUUGUCACAGUAAAAAAGUAAUUCAUCGUGACAUAAAACCUGAAAAUCUGCUAUUAGGAAGAGAUGGUGAGCUGAAAAUUGCCGAUUUUGGGUGGUCCGUUCAUGCUCCUUCUUCUCGAAGGGAAACUUUAUGUGGUACACUUGACUAUUUACCACCUGAAAUGGUUCUUGGAAAGUCGCAUGAUCAUACUGUUGAUUUAUGGGGGGCUGGAGUGUUAUGCUAUGAAUUGUUGACUGGUAAUCCGCCAUUUAUAGCCAAAACUUAUGAAGGAACUCGUUCUAAAAUAGUAAACGCUCAAUAUACAUUCCCAAGUUAUGUCAGUGAUGGAGCGCGUGAUUUAAUUUCAAAGUUGAUUGUCGUCAAACCUGAAAAACGAUUGCCUUGGGACGAUGUUCUUGCGCACCCUUGGAUUUUAAAACAUUAAUUUUGUUUUAUUAUACUUGUUUACUAUCCUAAAAAAAAAUAAUUUUUCAUUUGUUAAAGUAAUAAAAUCACGAAUUAUUCUUUUAAUGCUCACAGAUUUGACGAUUAUGUAUUGUUUUAGUAAAUUUAGCUCAUGUUUUAUAAGUUCUAUAAUUUUAUAAGUUCAUAAAUAAAACUUAUAAAAAAUUA